AUGUCCGGCAACGACUACUACGGCGGCGGCGGCGGCGGCUACGGGCAGCAGCCCCCACAAGGCUACGGGCAGCAGCAGUACGGCCAGCAGUAUCCCCCACAACAGCAGUACCCAGGCCAGCAACAGUACCCUCCACAGGGCCAGUAUCCAGGCCAGCAGCAAUAUCCUCCGCAGCACCAGCAACAGUACGGAGGCCAGCACCCCCAGGGUGGUCCCCCGCCAAGCUACGGCCAGCACCAAGGCUACGGCCAACAGCAAGGCUACCCCCAGCAAGGCUACAACCACCAGCAGCAGCAAGGCUACGACCAGCGCGACCAGCACCAGCAGCACCCCGGCGGUGCAGCCAGCUACUACCAGGGCGGCCAGCCUCAACCCUACCCGGGCGGCGGCCCAGGUGGACCCCCGGGCCAGGACGAGCGAGGUCUUGGCGCAACCCUCAUCGGCGGCGCUGCGGGAGCCUUUGGCGCCCACCAGAUGGGCGGCGGCACCAUGGGCAAGAUCGCCGGCGGGGCGGUCGGGGCCGUGGGCGCAAACAUGAUCGAGCACGCCUUUAAGGACAAGAAACACAAAAAGGAUAAGAAGCACAAGAAGGACAAGAAAGACAAGAAGAAGCACAAGCGCUCGUCGAGCAGCAGCAGCUCGUCGUCCUCCAGCUCCUCCGACUAA